AUGACUUUGAGCCUGUGUAAUGGCUCUUCGUGGGUUACACGCGGAUUUUCAGUGCCCCAGAAGCAUAAGUACGUUAAACGGCCACCACGAAAGGCAUACGGACGCCUAAGUGUCGAUUCAGAUGAUGCAUCCUCUGCCAAACAUAAAAUCGAUGAUCCCUUCGACGAUAUUGAUAACUUUUCAAUGAUUUCGUCUGCAAACGCCAAUACCAACAACUCUGCAGCUGCUACAACAAACAAACUGACAACGGAGCAACUGCACAAUGGUUGUCAUCACCAUCAUCACAAUCACUCACAUACCAAUGAUGGAGACAGUGGUGGAGGUGGUCUUGGUCUCAAUGGGGAUGACAGUGUUUGUAGCGGUUUAAAUUGUUGUAAUGGUGAUUUAAAUAAUUCAUGUAUCGAUGAUGGUGGCCACUGCACAGCAGCCGAUUGUCAAGGAAAUUACGCCGAUAGCAAUUUAUGUCAAUACAAUAUAAACAAUAUUUGUGGUGGUGGUAGCGGUAGCAGUGGUACAACAACGACAUUGACGAAUAAUGGAAUUUUAAAAGGAAAUUCCACUGCAUCCCAUUUCUAUAGCAGCAAAGAGGUGAACGAAAAUACAAUAAACCGAUUACAAGCAAUGGCAAUGUCGGAUGAUGAUGACUAUGAUGAAUCUCUAACUUGUAAUGUCUGUGAUAGAGCAUUCCAUUGUCACAGACAACUGGCAUCACAUCAACAAAAGAAACGACAUUUCGGAUGCGGCGGAUGUGAUAGUUUAUUCCCUUCGCUUAUGCUGUUAGAACAUCACAAAGAGGAAUUCGAGCACUGGAGUGAUGAUGAGAUUAAUCGACGUGUUUGUUGUCGUCGCAAUCGUGGCGAUGAUUAUUUCACGGAUACGGACUCAUUUACCAGCGAGGCGGAGAGUGAAGAUUUGGAGAGAUUACUUUAA